AAGCCAAACCGAUCACAAACGGAAUCAGGUGCUCCUGUCAGCCCCACCCCCACGACGUCCCCCGGACCCCCGUUUCCUUCCGAUCCCCAUCCGCCAUCCCCCGUUCCCGUUCUUCUCCUUCCGUCCGACCGUCCCUCGACACUGCCGAGGCCGAACCUAGCAGCCGCCCACCCGACGCCCAAUCCGCCGGUGCAAUCGCAAUCUCCGAGGGUUAAUCGACUACCGGCGGCUACGGCGCCGCCAGUCUCCUGGCUUAGGCUGCCAGGGGAUGCGAGGAGCCAGCGCAGCGCGGCCGCCGGCCAGCCGCCCCCGCCCCACUGCCUAUACCGCCAGCUACAGUCGGAAACGGCUGCAAGGCAGUCGGAAGAGGGAAGCCGCAGCCGGGCACUGACUCCGAUCCCCACUCUAGCCAACCCCACGCGGACCGGUCCACCUCGGACGACCACGACGCCAUCUCGCACGCGUGCUUCCACCCAACCACACAAAUCUUCUCUCCCAGGCCUAACCUUCCUCCCCGCGAGCUGCCUCUACUGAUUUUGCACUGGCAUGCCGUGACGCGGAAAGAUGUGGAGAUCCAUCUUGGACUGAUUUCUUCCUUACUCGGUGAGGAACUCCAAACCAUCCAGCUAGGUUAUUCGCCCUCUGCCGGCGCAAGAUCCAUUUUAGUUUGCCCCCCUCCCCCAAAUUGGACUACCCAAGGUUGAAGAUACCUUGGUAGUCAGAGCAUAGAAUAAGGGUGGACUGUUAUUAAUUUUCCAUAGGAUGGAAUCCUUGUGGAAGCUGACCUACUUGCUCGAGCCGGCAUCACUUGCUCUCAUUGCCACAGCUAUCUCUGUGGCCUAUGCAUCCGCAUCGCGUGCUCUAGAUUAUGGCAAAGAGAUGGAGAGAAACUUGGAUUUUUCAGAGGCUUCCAUUACAUUGGAUCGGUCACAGGCACUAAUGAUUCCCCUUGCAAGCUCAUGCAGUCUGUUGCUGAUGUUCUACUUGUUCUCGUCUGUCUCACAUCUUGUGACUGCUUUUACUGCUGUGGCCUCUGCGAUGGCACUGUUCUUUUGCCUGUCUCCGUAUGUCACUUAUCUCAAGAUGCAGUUCAAUCUAAUGGACCCAUUCGUGUCCAGGUGUUGUUCAAAGUCUUUUACACGGUUGCAAGGUUUGCUGAUGCUCUUCUGCAUAGCCACAGUCUUAGCCUGGUUGGUUUCUGGGCAUUGGUUGCUAAAUAACCUACUGGGAAUUUCCAUAUGUAUAGCGUUUGUCAGCCAUGUGAGGCUUCCCAACAUAAAAAUCUGUGCGCUGCUUCUUGCCUGCUUGUUUGUGUAUGAUAUUUUCUGGGUGUUCUUCUCAGAAAGGUUCUUUGGAGCAAAUGUCAUGGUUUCUGUUGCCACCCAGAAGGCAUCUAAUCCUGUUCACACAGUAGCAAAUAAGCUCAGCCUGCCCGGAUUGCAAUUGAUUACAAAGAAGCUGGAGCUUCCAGUCAAGCUUGUAUUUCCAAGGAAUUUGUUGGGUGGGAUUGUUCCAGGAAGCAAUCCUGGUGACUACAUGAUGCUUGGCCUUGGAGACAUGGCCAUUCCAGGGAUGCUUCUAGCUCUGGUACUCUUUUUUGAUAAUCGGAAGUUCAAGGAUGUGAAUUUUCCACCAGAUGUGUCUCCCCCAAAACGGCGGAAUUAUGUGUGGUAUGCUGUAACAGGUUAUGGUAUUGGCUUGGUAGCUGCACUAGCUGCUGGGAUCUUGUCUCAGUCUCCUCAACCAGCCUUACUGUACCUGGUAAGUGUUGCCAGGUUAUACGGUCAGGUGCCAUCGACACUGGGACCUGUCAUGUACUUGUCAUGGUUACGGAAUGAGCUAUGGGAGCUAUGGGAAGGGUCUGGGACGAUUCUGAACGAGAAAGCUCAUUUGUUGGAGGUCUGAGAUCCAAGUGGACAAUAAGAAGGAUCUGAACCCACCGUGAUUGAAUCUAAUUAAACAAUACUUGACCUCCUCAUACCGAAGGAGAGUAUUUAUAAGCUAGAAUGUUCAGUCAUGUAAGCCAUCACCUAGUUUCGCUCGCAAGAGGAAACACUUACAAAUCAUGUAACUGUUUGUAAUAGAAAAGUUCAAUGCAUUUCAGCUUUUUAACCA